AUGGUUGAAUGUUUAGACUUUGAGAAUGGGCCAGAAAAUCUGAUGACGAGACACCCCAGCUUCGUUUUUUUGUUCUGUGGGAUAUUUUUGCCCGGAACCCUUGGUUUUCCACAGACAAAUACCUCAAUUGAUUGUGAUUCUCUGUUACCAAACUAUGAAGCUGUCCCACAGACAUCUGCACCACCCUAUAUUAUUGCUGUAUCUUUUGAUAACUUUGAGCCAGGAAACGAAGUCCAAGUGACUCUGGAAGCACUUCAAGAUGUUGGGUUUAAAGGAUUUAAUCUACAAGCUCGAGAAAUAGAUGGAGAUGUUCCUGUUGGUACAUUUAAAAUUACAGAUCCAAACACUAAAGGCAUGGAGUGUCAUAACGUGACGAAUUCAGCAGUAAGUCAUGCCAAUUCAGAUGUGAAACAGAAAGUUACAACAACAUGGAUUGCUCCCCAUGGUGUUAAAGAUCUUCAAUUUAUUGCAACUGUUGUUCAAGAUCUAGAGAAAUUCUGGGUUGGAAUUCAAAGCAAAACUCUCACACCUACACAUUCUGAGUCAAUUAAUGGGACAGGAAAAAGUAAAAGGAAGGUUAUGAUAGCACUAGAAUGUAAGAAGCUUGGGGGGACUUACACAACACAAGGCGGAUGCGUCAUGGUUGGACCUUCCAGUUCCUCUCAGAGCAGCUAUUCAGGCAGUCCGAAUGCAGUAGUCUACACAAUAAGCAAGAAUGGAUGUGGCCCUGGGGGUGCUGCUGAUGCCUAUAGUCAACAAGCCUGUAGAGAUAGUGCACCCUCCAGCAAUGGUAUUUCCUAUGGCCUGUCUGUGCCUUCAAGCAGUUCAGAGUCCAGUAAGAAGGUUGUGGUGGUGGCCAACAGCAACCCUUUUCCACCUGUGCGUCACACCUAUCCCCAGAGUUUGGGAAGUUCUGCUGCUAGGGUCGUUAUACAGAGUGCACCAAGACCACAAAGCAGCAGUACCUACGUUCUGACUCCCCAAAGCAGCCAAUACUCUGGCCAGGGCUCCCGACCUCAAAGUGUUUCCUACAGCCUGACUCCUCAAAGCAGCCAAUACUCUGGCCAGGGCUCCCGACCUCAAAGUGUUUCCUACAACCUGGGUGGAUCUGGUUACUCAGGCGGCAGCAACGGUUGUGGACAAGGGGUCUCCUAUGACAGCAAUCCCUGCCACCAGGGUGGAUCAUACUCCUUACAAACCUAUGAUGGUAGCCAAGGUGGAUCACCAUCCUCACAAAGUUAUGGUGGCAACCAGGGUGGAUCCUACUCACAAGGCUAUUCAGGUGGCCAAGGUGGAUCCUACUCGCAAGGCUAUUCAGGUGGCCAAGGUGGAUCAGACACAUAUUACGAUAAUCAGCAUUCCCUGUAA